UCAAGUUCAAACUAAAAUUCUUCGGUAGAAAAUAAAGAGUUUUGUAGAUUAUCGAAUAAUAUAUAGGCAAUAAAUACUAAUAAAACGAAGCAAAAAUUAUUUGUAAUAAUCGUCAUGAAACGUAUGCACUCGUUUGUGCUAGCAUGCUUGCUAUUGGAUGCCGCAAUUGGUGUUAAAAUUAAGGUUCCACAUCCUGUAGAACCAUCAUUAGCGAAACGAAAUGAUAUACAACCUCGCAUGUUGGCUCCAGGAUAUUACUCACAAGAAUGCAAUGCUCACAAAGCCUGCCCAGAAAAAAAAUACUGCCAUCUCUUUUUGUGCGUACAUUGUUUGAAAGAAAAUGUUGCUUGUACACAAAAUGGACAAUGUUGUGAAGGACAGUGUACAUAUGGACGUUGCAAAGCUGGUGUUUCGGAAGGUCAACCAGGAACAUUCUGUGAUAGACAUGAAGAUUGCUCAGGAGAAGGAAAGAAUGCAUGUUGUGUCAGGGAACCAGCUAUAAACCCACACAUCUCAAUCUGCAAGCCACCAUUGGCUGAAAAUAUGGUAUGUGGCCCAAUUAAUUUCUUCAGAAAUGUAUACGUCGGAGCUCAAGUACAAAAAGCGUGCGGUCCAUGCAAAGCUGGUUUGAUAUGCAAACAAGUUGGGUUAUUUGGUAUUCACGAGAUUUGCAUGAAAGAAGACGACAAAUAAAUAUCCCGAAAGAAAAGAAAAUAAUAAAUAAUAAAAA